UUGCUAAAGCCCCAUAAAUACCCAAGCUGCCCCCUGCCAUUUCUUGCUAAGCACUGUGUGUACCGUUCGCAUUGACAGAGGCUCUGGUGAAUCGCGGUUGCUCUGCUUCUCUCAAAGAUUGGUGGUGAACCGGAAGCAAUGGCGGGCAAGGUGAUCCUCCUCGACUUCUGGCCGAGCAUGUUCGGGAUGAGGUGCAGGAUCGCGCUGGCCUUGAAAGGGAUCCAGUACGAGUACAAGGAAGAGGACCUGAGGAACAAGAGCGACCUCCUCCUCCAGAUGAACCCCAUACACAAGAAGAUCCCCGUCCUCGUCCACGACGGCAAGCCCGUCUGCGAGUCCCUCAUCAUCCUCCACUACAUCGACGAGACCUGGCCAGACAAGUGCCCCCUCUUGCCGUCCGACCCCUACCAGAGGGCUCAGGCCAGGUUCUGGGCCGAUUAUGUCGACAAGAAGUUCUAUGACCUGGGGAGGAAAGUGUGGACCACAAAAGGAGAAGAACAGGAGAUGGGCAAGAAGGAGCUGAUUGGCAGCAUCAAGCUAUUGGAAGGCGAGCUUGGAGACAAGCCCUUCUUCGGGGGAGAGAAGUUAGGAUUCGUGGACAUAGCGCUCGUCCCCUUCACCACCUGGUUCCAUGCGUACGAGGUGUGUGGAAGCUUCAGCAUCGAGGCGCAGUGCCCCAAGCUCAUGGCGUGGACCAAGAGGUGCCUGGAGAUAGAGUGCGUGUCCAAGUCUCUCGCCGACCCUCACAAGGUGUGUGACUUCGUCUUGCAGCUCAAGAAAGCCUUGGGCAUUGAGUAAAAUGGUCUGGAUAACUCCUUGCGGGGUACUUCUUUAUCUUUUUAUGGCUGGUCUCAUAGUAAUAGUUGCUGCUUAGAGCUUGCUCUUGUUGUUGGAUUUCUGGUAUUUUGGAAAGGAGACGCUUGGCUGUGUCUUCUUUCGAAACUUAUGUUGGUGAUCAUGGUGAGCAACAGAGAGUUGCUCGUGCUGAGGUAGUGUUUGGUGUGCAAUAAUAAAAGGUCGCUACGUAAAUUA